CCUAUUCCCAUGCUUAAACUAACGAGUUACAAGAUUAAUUUAAUUUCACGAUUAUUUUCACGAACUGAGUAGAUUUUUAAGGAUGAUGAAAAUUGAUGAAAUUUUUUAUUUAAAAAAAAACCAUAAAAUAUUGUAGCAUUUUAUAAAUUAGUGGAAAUUCAAGAUGGCGACGUUUCGAAUUAUAUCAGCAGUGUGUUAUCCAUGUGUCAGAAGGGCCGCCCGGUCACUAACAACGGACACCUGCUCAACUUUUAGGAUCUCCAUGCUCUUAACGAGAAUGACGAAUUUACGAAAAUUCAUAGAUAUCGGAGCUAAUUUAUUGGAUCCAAUGUAUCAAGGUAUUUAUCAUGGUACGCAAAAACAUCAAAGUGAUUUGGAAAUGGUUUUGGAACGAAGCUGGGACAACAACUUGUCCCGAAUUAUUAUAACUGCUGGAAGCGUCGAGGAAACGAUAAAAGCUCUAGAAUUGGCGAGAACCGAUGUGAGAUUAUUCACAACCGUGGGUUGUCAUCCAACCCGUUGCAACGCUUUUGAGGAUUCGGGUGACCCUGAAGAAUAUUUAAAGAGUAUGACAGACUUGGCAUUAAACAACAGGGAUAAAAUAAUAGCGAUCGGUGAAAUGGGAUUGGACUACGAUCGUUUGAACUUCUGCAACAAAGAAACCCAAAAAAAAUAUUUUGAAAUGCAACUGUCCUUAUGCUCAAGUUUGAAAUUGCCCAUGUUCCUGCAUUGUCGCAACGCCGCUGACGAUUUUGUUGCAAUUCUGCGCGAGCACAAGGAUAAAUUAACCGAAGGUGUUGUACACUCAUUUGAUGGAAACCCAGAGGAAGCCAAUAACAUCCUACAACUUGGAUUGUACAUAGGCAUAAAUGGCUGCUCAUUGAGAUCUGAGGAUAAUUUAUUUGCUGUGACAAGCAUACCGUCGGACAGACUGAUGAUUGAGACUGAUUGCCCAUGGUGCGAAAUACGACCAACUCACGCAUCGGCGAAAGACGUUAUCACUGUUUUUCCAUCAGUGAAAAAGGAAAAAUGGCAACCCGACAAAAUGGUGAAAGGACGCAACGAGCCUUGCACCAUAGUUCAAAUACUAGAAGUUUUGGCACGAGUGAGGGACGAGGAGGAAGAAUAUCUUUGUAACCAAAUAUACAAGAAUACGAUGAAAGUGUUUUUCCCGUACGAGCUCUGAAUCGGUUUUUUCGAUUGCUUGUGAAAAAUGCGAGACCAGUUGUUCGUCAGAUGCCGAUGGAAUUCGAGUCGCUGAGUUUCAUUGAUAAAAACUCGAUAACGACCUUGUUGACGACUGCUAAAAGUCGAUCGGUUAACUCGUCGCAGCUGCUUUUUUACCGGUAGAAUUGCGCAAACGGACAAUUCGUUUUUACGGGUGGUUUUUUUUACAUUUCCCCAUACAAUGCGCAUGAGAAAAAAAAAUGAGAACAAAUUACUUAAUAUAUUCUUGUUACUCACCUUCAUCCCGCCGUGUAAUCAUCAUCACAAUCAUUGUAGCGAUAACAAUUGUAUUUAAUUAAUAAUAUUAUUCUCAUAUUGCUUCGAUAAA